CCUGCCGCCGGCGUUCGGUCUCUGAGCCUUGCAGGGGCGCCUGUCGGUUCUGCUCCAGGAGCUUCGUUGCCGUGGGAACCAGGGCCGCCGGGAAGGGUUUGCCUCUGACAAAACGCUCAGCUGGUCCAGCUAAAAAAGCCACUAGCCUUCAGCCUCAAGUUGUAUCUGAAAUGGAACACAUGCAGCGAAAGCUACAGGAAUUACAAUCUCAAUCCGAUGGCUUUCAGCUGGAGAUAAAGAGAAAGGAAAGUCAUUUGAACAUGCAGCGUAUGGAAAGAGAACAACUUAGUAGCCAGAUCCAUGUGGCAGAUGAACUUUAUUCAAGAGAGAAGCAGGGUUUGGUGGAAGAAAUCAUACAACUGAAGAGACAGAAGGUACAAAAAGACACAAAAGUCUCUGCAAAGGAAAUGGAGAUACUGCAUGCUAAGCAAGAACUGGAACAGCAACAAAUGAACCUGAGUAACAGUGAACAGGCUAUUCUUAUAUUACGGGCAAAGGUGAAGCAACGGUCAGAACAGCAGAAGGUGGUGGAGAUGCAGAUUUCUGGAAAAAGGGGGGAGUUUUUGAAACUCCAAUCUACUGUGCAUACAGUGGAAGAUGAAAUCUUCAAGAAAAGAGUAGCGAUGCAAGAACACAUCACUCAUGAACUACGAAAUGAAAUAUCUUUCUUCCACCAACAAAUACGGCAUAAGGAGCUUCAGGCAGAACAGAAUCGUGUCUUAAGAAGGAAAAUGAUGGAUGACUAUGCAGCCUUGACCAAAGAGAAUGCUGCACUUCAGUCCAGGCUGUUGGAACUUGGCAAGCAAAUGGACAUUGAGAGAACGCUCAAGGAAAAGAGCUAUACAUCCCACACAGCUAGCGUUGCUCACUUCCUAACUGUGAAAGACCACCAGGAACAUCUGCAACGAGAGAUCAAAAGGCACCAAGAACUUCUGGAACAGGAAAAGAAAACCUUCCAGAAACUUAAGGAACAGAUUAGUGUUUUGGAAUACAGAAGUACAUCUCUCGAUUUAAGUACUGCAACAAUGAGCAGCCUAGUAGCUGAAAUAAGAGCUAUGCUGUACAAAGAAGAGCAGAAUAAUCUUGAGCUAAAAAGAGAUAAAGCUUUGUUGGUUGAUCUUAUAGUUGCCCUGGAGAACAAGCUUGCUGGGAAAGAAACUAGUUUCCUGCAGGCAUCCACAAGGAUGCUGCAGCUGGAUGAAGCAAUUUCAGCAUUAAAAACAAAGCAUGUGCUGCAUCAGUCUCUUGAAUCAAAAAAAUGGGAGCAAAUCUCCAAAAUGGCAAAUUCCAUGAAGAACCUCAACAAGUCGAUUACAGAUGUUGUAGCGAAUACAGGGCAAUACUAAUCUGAUGACCUAGAUGGGCAUUACUUCCUGACGAACAAAGUAACUUAAACACUGAUGAACUAAAAUUCAUAUGAUAUAAUGGAACUUGAAGAAUUAUUGUUGGAAUUUCGUCAGUUUUUUUCCCCCAAGUCCAUUCUUGGAACUAAAAUUUAUUUACACUAAAGUGGACAUUGUAAUUAAAACAAUGAUGAGAAUUUGUUAGGUAAAUCAUAGUCAAUGUUGCUUAGUCUGUAUUAUCUUCAGAACCAGUUUAUAAGAAAAUGUUUAAUUCAAACUUGGACAAGGGCUGAGAAUGUGCUUAUAACUGAGGAUGGUUUUAUCCUUUUAACGUAUUUUACUUUUUAAAAUUUUAGCUGUUUUGAGAGCACCUUUAGCCAAAUGACAGGCUAUAAAUGUAGUAAGUGAAUUAUAGUGCAAUCCUAUUAAGAGUUAUUCCAAUUUGAGCCCACUGAUUUUAGUUGUGUACUUAUGAAACAUUUCUACCUAACUUUCAGUAGGCUGGAAUAAUUAUGCAUAGCUCUGUUAAUUUCCAAGCUUAGUGAAUGAAACAUGCAAACACAAAGUCAUAUAUCACUCACAUUGGAAAUGCUUGAUUUGAAGAUAAAUGCAAUGAGAACUGACAUGAAACUUAUUGUAAAAAUUCUUACACUGGACAGAAUGGAAGUGCAUAUAACAGCAUUCUUUUUAAAUGGAAAGGCAGCAUAUUAGUGUGCUAAAUGAAUAUAGGGGUGAAACACUUCUAACUGCUGUGAUAGAGAUCAAAAGGUGUUAUAAAAUAAGGAAAGAGACAAGCAUGAGGAAAAUUAAAUUUUUAAAAACUGGCAAUGUUGGAUUGUAACCAAUGACAUCCCAUCACGGUGUGGGACUCCCCCCCCCUUUACCCUCCUGGCAGGAGGUCAGGGACUCAGGAUUUACCCUUUAAAGUCUGCAUGCAAGGCGUGCACUCUUCGAAGGGUGUGAUGACAUCACUUCCCAGAAGGCCAUGGACAUGCUCCUUUGUUUCGCAGAGGGCUAAUUCUAGGCUCCAGUGCAGGAACACACCUGCAGCAGGCACGAUGACGUCACUUCAGAAAGUGACAUUGUCACUCCCUGUUGGGCAGGUGCCUGGUGCGUGCUUUCCUGCGGUGCCUGCUAGUGGCAGGCAAUCACUGGGAGGUUUGCCACUUCCCACCUAUCACAACCAGGCAAACCCCAGGAUAUUGCCUUCCACUAGCAGACAACUGGUAAGCCUUGGCAUAGAGCCUGGAGGGGGCAGGGGUUGGGAAGGGACCUCAGCAGGGUAUAAUGCCAUAGAGUCAUCCCUCCAAAGCAUCCAUUUUCUCCAGGAGAACUGAUCUCUAUGGCCUGGAGAUCAGUUGAAAUUCCAGUCACAACCUGGUGAUUGUUAGGGAUGUCAGAUCCAGGCUGGGAAAUUCCUGGAGAUCUGGAGGGUGGAUCCUGGGGAGGGUGCGGUUUGGGGUUGGACCUUAGCAGGACUGCCAUACAGUCUACCCUCCAAAGCAGUAAUUUUAUCCAGGGGGACUCAACUCUGUUGUCUGGAGAUCAGUCGUUAAUUCCAGAUCUCAAGGCCCCACCUGGAAGCUGGCAACCCUACUUAGCACAUUAUCCUUUUUUAAAAAAAUGACCAACUCUCACUAAGACACAAGCAUUUGGACUAUGUGAAGUUUCCAAACACUCCAGAGUUUGAAUUCUUUCAGCCUACACUGAGAUUAGGUCAGAGCCGGUACUGAUGUUCUGUCCGAUUUUUUUGAUUAUUUCCCCAUGUAUAAAUAAGUAUCAGGAGAGAUGGCAGUGGCUACUUCUAGGACUAGGGACAACGCCCUGCAUCUAGUGAUGGCUUAGGCACUGCAGUCUUCCAUUUUGAAUGUUGUGCUGCUCACGUGAAUCAUUAUAGAGGUCUGUUAAUGCAGCAGCUUUUAAGUGCAGGAACAGUCUAGUCCUCUGCGGAACAUUUGACACAUUUUAAUAAGCACAAAAUACUUUGCGUGCGCUAGUAAAAUCGACCUGCAUGUGACACUAGCAUUCUCGUGCACAUUUCUGCCAUGCAAGAAGAGGCGGAUGGGACUCCCUGCUCUUUGAGAGAAACACUUAUUUUAUCACACUUUUCUUAGGUCCCAACAACUCUGUGUAUUGGAUUUCUGCUGGUUUUAAAUCUUUGCUUAUUGAAAUGUCCUUGCAACUGACUGUACUGUGUAAUUCGCUUUGAGUCUCAGUGAGAAAGGUGGCCUAUAAAUGA